GGGAGCCGCCGUCCGGGAUAUCCUCGGGGCUCUGCCGCCCUGGAGGGGGAGAGAGAGAACAAACUAGCACAUCUCUGUGUGAAGAUCUCUCCGCUUUGACUUAGGAAGGGAUUGGAAUACCCCAAGCAGCCUGUGAACGUUUGAAAGGAGUGAGAUGUGGUUUUUUGGACAUGGUAGAAUCCAGAGAUAAUCUUGAUGGAUUCUAAUGCUGCCAACAGUGCAAAGAGAGUGGCGGGAAUGGGUUGCCUGUGGAUGGUCUGCUUCUUUCAUCUAGUCACUUGUCUGGAAGAAAUACUUCUGGAUACCACUGGAGAAACCUCAGAGAUUGGUUGGACCACCCACCCUCCUGAUGGGUGGGAUGAGGUAAGUGUCCUGGAUGACAAGAAGCGCCUGAUCCGAACCUUUCAAGUCUGUAAUGUGGCUGAACCAGGUCAGAAUAACUGGUUGCGUACUCACUUCAUUGAACGACAUGGGGCCCACCGAGUACAUGUCCGCCUCCGUUUCUCAGUGAGAGACUGUGCCAGCAUGCGUACUGUGGCCUCUUCCUGCAAGGAGACUUUCACACUCUACUACCACCAAGCAGAGACUGACAUAGCCUCCCAGGACUCGCCAGAGUGGCAUGAGGGCCCCUGGACCAAGGUAGAUACUAUUGCAGCUGAUGAAAGCUUUUCCCAGGUGGACAGCACUGGGAAGGUGGUAAAGAUGAAUGUUAAAGUCCGUAGCUUCGGGCCACUUACCCAGCGUGGCUUCUACCUGGCCUUCCAGGACUCAGGAGCCUGCAUGUCCCUUGUGGCAGUUCAAGUCUUCUUCUACAAGUGCCCAGCUGUAGUGAAAGGAUUUGCCUCCUUCCCUGAAACAUUUGCCGGAGGGGAGAGGACCUCUCUGGUUGAGUCACCAGGGACAUGUGUGGCAAAUGCUGAAGAGGCAAGCACGACUGGGUCUUCAGGUGUUCGGUUGCACUGCAAUGGAGAAGGCGAGUGGAUGGUKGCCAUUGGACGAUGCACCUGCAAGGCUGGCUAUCAACCUGUUGAUGAUGAACGAGCCUGCCAAGCCUGCCCCCUUGGAUCCUUUAAAGUAUCUGUGGGAGAUGAGCCCUGCCAACCGUGCCCUGCCCACAGCCAUGCUCCCGUGCCUGGCUCUAGGGAAUGUGUGUGCCAGAACCACUAUUAUCGGUCUGCUUCGGACACUUCUGACACUCCCUGCACUGGCAUUCCCUCAGCUCCCCGAGAUCUUAGCUACGAAAUUGUCGGCUCCAACGUGCUUCUGACCUGGCGCCUUCCCAAGGACCUGGGCGGCCGCAAGGAUGUUUUCUUCAAUGUUAUCUGCAAAGUGUGCCCAGCUGGGUCUCCAGGGCCAUGUGUGCGCUGUGGGGACAGUGUGCAAUUUGAACCACGUCAAGUGGGCCUGACGGAAAGUCGUGUGCAAGUCUCCAACCUGUUGGCCCGUGUGCAGUACACCUUUGAGAUCCAGGCUGUCAACUUGGUGACUGAGUUGAGUUCAGAAGCACCCCACUAUGCAACCAUCAAUGUUAGCACCAGCCAGUCAGUCCCCUCUGCAGUUCCCAUGAUGCAUCAGGUGAGUCGCACUACCAGUAGCAUCACUUUAUCCUGGCCUCAGCCAGACCAACCUAAUGGGAUGAUCCUGGAUUACCAGCUUCGCUACUUUGACAAGGCAGAUGAUGAGGAUAAUUCAUUAACCUUGACUAGCGAAACCAACAUGGCCACCAUCUCAAAUCUGAGUCCAGGCAAGAUCUACGCCUUCCAAGUACGAGCCAGAACUGCGGUGGGCUAUGGACCAUACAGUGGAAAGAUGUAUUUCCAGACUCUGAUGGGAGGGGAGCGCUCGGAGAUGGUGCAGGACCGACUGCCGCUUAUUGUGGGCUCCGCACUUGGUGGUCUAGCCUUCUUGGUAAUUGCUGCCAUUGCCAUCCUUGCCAUCAUCUUCAAGAGUAAAAGACGAGAGACUCCAUACACAGACCGCCUGCAGCAGUAUAUCAGUGCACGAGGGCUUGGAGUGAAAUAUUACAUUGACCCUUCAACCUAUGAAGAUCCUAAUGAAGCUAUUAGAGAGUUUGCCAAGGAGAUUGAUGUGUCCUUCAUCAAGAUUGAAGAAGUCAUUGGAUCAGGAGAGUUUGGAGAGGUGUGUUUUGGGCGCCUAAAACCGCCAGGGAAGCGUGAAUAUACAGUUGCUAUUAAGACCCUGAAGUCAGGUUACACGGAUGAACAACGGCGGGAGUUCCUAAGCGAGGCCAGCAUCAUGGGGCAGUUUGAUCAUCCCAAUGUCAUCCACCUGGAGGGUGUAGUCACAAAGAGCCGACCAGUCAUGAUUGUCACAGAGUUCAUGGAGAACGGAUCGCUGGAUUCCUUCCUCAGGCAGAAGGAAGGACAGUUCAGUGUGCUACAACUGGUGGGAAUGCUGCGAGGAAUUGCAGCUGGUAUGCGCUACCUUUCAGAUAUGAACUAUGUACAUCGUGACCUGGCAGCACGUAACAUCUUAGUCAACAGCAACCUUGUGUGCAAGGUCUCAGACUUUGGUUUGUCCCGCUUUCUGGAAGAUGAUGCUUCAAACCCCACCUAUACUGGAGCUCUGGGCUGCAAAAUCCCCAUCCGUUGGACUGCCCCUGAAGCUGUCCAGUACCGCAAAUUCACCUCCUCCAGUGAUGUCUGGAGCUAUGGCAUUGUCAUGUGGGAGGUGAUGUCCUAUGGUGAGAGGCCUUACUGGGACAUGUCCAAUCAGGAUGUGGUUAAUGCCAUUGACCAGGACUAUCGCCUGCCACCACCUCCAGACUGCCCAACUGUUUUGCACCUGCUAAUGCUUGAUUGCUGGCAAAAAGAACGGGUACAGAGACCCAAAUUUGAACAAAUAGUCAGUGCCCUAGAUAAAAUGAUCCGCAAACCAUCAGCACUCAAAGCCACUGGCACUGGGAGCAGCAGACCAUCUCAGCCUCUGCUGAGCAACUCUCCUCCAGACUUCCCUUCACUCAGCAGUGCCCAUGAGUGGUUGGAUGCCAUCAAGAUGGGCCGUUACAAGGAGAACUUUGAUCAGGCUGGUCUGAUUGCAUUUGAUGUCAUAUCACGCAUGACUCUGGAAGAUAUCCAGCGAAUUGGGAUCACCCUGGUUGGUCACCAGAAAAAGAUUCUAAACAGCAUCCAGCUCAUGCGAGUCCAUUUGAAUCAGCUUGAACCAGUUGAAGUGUGAUGUUUACACCAUCCUCAUUCCACCUGUCUCAAACUUUGGGAAAGGUUUUGGGGAGAGUCAGAGAAAUGUUUGCUGCAAAAGAAGGACAUGGCAAGAUUCUCCUUUGAGAYGUAGUGCAGCCAGAGAGUGUGCACUGAAUGUCUCAUUCCGUCAUCAAAAACAAAAGUCUUGUCACGGUUUGAGAGCAGAGCUACGUAAAUGAUGGCAUUUAAAUGUGACUGAUGUUGUACACUGGGAAUGGGUUGAGGGAGGGAAAGUUAUAGCAACAUGAGGAGGAGUGAAAUAAUAGCUUGGACAGACCACAAGCACCUAUUGACUCUUCUCUGCCAACAAAGGGGAUUAGAAAAGUUUAUGAAGCCAUCAGUACACAUAUUCUGUGGCUGGGAGCCCAGUAAAUUUGCGAAGACAUAAUAAAGG